GCCUGCCCGUGCGGCCCGAGCCCCGGCGCCGCGGAGCUCCCGACCGCGGCUGUCGCUCUCGGGGCGGCCACCCGGGGGAAGAUGGCGAACGAUUCUCCCGCGAAGAGCCUGGUGGACAUAGACCUCUCGUCCCUGCGGGACCCUGCUGGGAUUUUUGAGCUGGUGGAAGUGGUUGGAAAUGGCACCUAUGGACAAGUCUAUAAGGGUCGACAUGUUAAAACAGGUCAGCUGGCGGCCAUCAAGGUUAUGGAUGUCACCGAGGAUGAAGAGGAAGAAAUCAAACUGGAGAUAAAUAUGCUGAAGAAAUAUUCCCAUCAUAGAAAUAUUGCAACAUACUAUGGUGCUUUCAUUAAAAAGAGCCCUCCAGGACACGAUGACCAACUCUGGCUUGUUAUGGAGUUUUGUGGGGCUGGGUCCAUCACAGACCUUGUGAAGAACACCAAAGGAAACACACUCAAAGAAGACUGGAUUGCUUACAUCUCCAGAGAAAUCCUCAGGGGGCUGGCACAUCUCCACAUUCACCACGUUAUUCACCGAGACAUCAAGGGCCAGAAUGUGCUGCUGACUGAGAACGCCGAGGUGAAGCUUGUUGAUUUUGGUGUAAGCGCUCAGCUGGACAGGACGGUUGGACGGAGGAAUACGUUCAUAGGCACGCCCUACUGGAUGGCUCCUGAGGUCAUUGCCUGUGAUGAGAACCCAGACGCCACGUACGACUACAGAAGUGACCUUUGGUCUUGUGGCAUCACGGCCAUCGAGAUGGCAGAAGGUGCCCCUCCUCUCUGUGACAUGCAUCCAAUGAGAGCACUGUUUCUCAUUCCCAGAAAUCCUCCUCCCAGGCUGAAGUCAAAAAAAUGGUCAAAGAAAUUCUUCAGCUUUAUAGAAGGCUGCCUGGUCAAGAACUACACGCAGCGGCCCUCCACAGAGCAGCUUUUGAAACACCCUUUCAUAAGGGAUCAGCCCAAUGAAAGGCAGGUUCGAAUCCAGCUUAAGGAUCAUAUAGACCGGACCAGAAAGAAGAGAGGGGAGAAAGAUGAAACUGAGUAUGAGUACAGUGGGAGUGAGGAGGAAGAGGAGGAGGUGCCUGAACAGGAAGGGGAGCCAAGUUCCAUCGUCAAUGUGCCCGGAGAGUCGACCCUGCGACGUGAUUUCCUGAGACUGCAGCAGGAGAAUAAGGAACGCUCUGAGGCUCUACGGAGACAGCAGCUUCUGCAGGAGCAGCAGCUGCGCGAGCAGGAGGAGUACAAGAGGCAGCUGCUAGCAGAGAGGCAGAAGCGCAUUGAGCAGCAGAAGGAGCAGAGGCGGCGGCUGGAAGAGCAACAAAGACGCGAGCGCGAAGCCAGGAGGCAGCAGGAACGUGAGCAGCGCCGGCGAGAGCAGGAGGAAAAGAGACGCCUGGAGGAGCUGGAGAGGAGGCGGAAAGAGGAGGAGGAGAGGAGGCGGGCGGAGGAGGAGAAGAGGAGAGUGGAACGGGAACAGGAGUACAUCAGGCGGCAGCUAGAGGAGGAGCAGCGGCACCUGGAAAUCCUGCAGCAGCAGCUGCUCCAGGAGCAGGCCAUGUUACUGGAGUGCCGAUGGCGGGAGAUGGAGGAGCACCGGCAGGCAGAGAGGCUCCAGAGGCAGUUGCAGCAAGAACAAGCAUAUCUCCUGUCUCUACAGCACGACCACAGGAGGCCGCACCCGCAGCAGCAGCCGCAGCCGCCGCCGCCACAGCAGCCGCCGCAGCAGCAGGACAGGAGCAAGUCCAGCUAUCACGGGCCGGAGCCUAAGCCUCACUAUGACCCUGCUGACAGAGCUCGGGAGGUGGAAGAUAGAUUUAGAAAGACUAACCUCAGCUCCCCUGAGGCCCAGUCUAAGCACGCAGGCAGAGGACUGGAGCCACCGGUGCCUUCCCGAUCAGAAUCUUUUUCCAAUGGCAACUCCGAGUCUGUGCACCCUGCCCUGCAGAGACCAGCGGAGCCCCAGGUACAGUGGUCCCACCUGGCAUCUCUCAAGAACAAUGUUUCCCCUGUCUCGCGAUCCCAUUCCUUCAGUGACCCUUCUCCUCCCAAAUUCGCACACCACCAUCUUCGCUCUCAGGACCCAUGUCCGCCUUCCCGCAGUGAGGUGCUCAGUCAGAGCUCUGACUUGAAGUCGGAGGUACCCGACCCCACCCAAAAGGCUUGGUCUAGAUCAGACAGUGACGAGGUGCCUCCAAGGGUUCCUGUGAGAACAACAUCUCGUUCCCCUGUCCUGUCCCGUCGGGAUUCCCCACUGCAGGGCAGUGGGCAGCAGAAUAGCCAAGCAGGACAGAGAAACUCCACCAGCAGUAUUGAGCCCCGGCUCCUGUGGGAGAGAGUGGAAAAGCUGGUCCCCAGGCCUGGCAGCGGCAGCUCCUCAGGGUCCAGCAACUCAGGAUCCCAGCCCGGCUCCCACCCUGGGUCUCAGAGCGGCUCCGGCGAACGCUUCAGAGUGAGAUCAUCAUCCAAGUCUGAAGGCUCUCCAUCUCAGCGCCUUGAAAAUGUAGCCAAAAAACCCGAAGAUAAAAAAGAAGUAUUUCGACCUCUCAAGCCUGCUGACUUGACUGCGCUGGCCAAAGAGCUUCGAGCAGUGGAAGAUGUCCGGCCGCCUCACAAAGUGACAGACUACUCCUCCUCCAGUGAGGAGUCUGGGACCACGGAUGAGGAGGAGGAAGAUGUGGAGCAGGAGGGGGCUGAUGACUCCACCUCGGGACCGGAGGACACCAGAGCAGCGUCAUCUCUGAAUCUGAGCAAUGGUGAAACAGAAUCUGUGAAAACGAUGAUUGUUCAUGGUGAUGUAGAAAGUGAGCCAGCCACGACCCCAUCCAAGGAGGGCACCCUGAUUGUCCGCCAGAGUACAGUUGACCAAAAGCGUGCCAGCCACCAUGAGAGCAAUGGCUUUGCGGGUCGCAUUCACCUCUUGCCAGAUCUCUUACAGCAAAGCCAUUCCUCCUCCACUUCCUCCACCUCCUCCUCCCCAUCCUCCAGCCAGCCGACACCCACCAUGUCCCCACAGACACCCCAGGACAAGCUCACUGCUAAUGAGACUCAGUCCGCUAGUAGCACCCUCCAGAAGCACAAAUCCUCCUCCUCCUUUACACCGUUCAUAGACCCCAGGUUACUGCAGAUCUCUCCAUCUAGUGGGACGACAGUCACUUCCCUGGUGGGAUUUUCCUGUGAUGGAAUGAGACCAGAAGCCAUAAGGCAAGAUCCUACUCGGAAAGGCUCAGUGGUCAAUGUGAACCCCACAAACACUAGGCCACAAAGUGACACCCCCGAGAUUCGUAAAUACAAGAAGAGAUUUAACUCAGAGAUACUGUGCGCUGCCUUAUGGGGAGUGAACUUGCUCGUCGGCACGGAGAGUGGCCUGAUGCUCCUGGACAGAAGUGGCCAAGGGAAAGUGUACCCUCUGAUCAACCGGAGACGGUUCCAGCAAAUGGAUGUACUUGAGGGCCUAAAUGUCCUGGUGACAAUAUCCGGCAAAAAGGAUAAGUUACGUGUCUACUAUUUAUCCUGGUUAAGAAAUAAAAUACUUCAUAAUGACCCAGAAGUUGAAAAGAAGCAAGGGUGGACCACUGUGGGCGAUUUAGAAGGGUGCGUGCACUAUAAAGUUGUAAAAUAUGAAAGAAUCAAAUUUUUGGUAAUUGCUUUGAAGAGUUCCGUGGAAGUCUAUGCGUGGGCACCAAAGCCAUAUCACAAAUUUAUGGCCUUUAAGUCAUUUGGAGAACUGGUACAUAAGCCAUUGCUGGUGGAUCUCACUGUUGAGGAAGGCCAGAGGUUGAAAGUCAUCUAUGGCUCCUGUGCCGGAUUCCAUGCUGUGGAUGUGGAUUCGGGCUCGGUCUAUGACAUUUAUCUACCAACACAUAUCCAGUGCAGCAUCAAACCCCAUGCUAUCAUCAUUCUCCCUAACACGGAUGGGAUGGAGCUUCUAGUGUGUUACGAAGAUGAGGGGGUUUACGUGAACACGUAUGGAAGGAUCACCAAGGACGUGGUUCUGCAGUGGGGAGAGAUGCCGACAUCUGUAGCAUAUAUCCGAUCGAAUCAGACAAUGGGCUGGGGAGAGAAGGCAAUAGAGAUACGAUCUGUGGAGACCGGUCACUUGGAUGGUGUAUUUAUGCACAAAAGGGCUCAGAGACUAAAAUUCUUGUGUGAACGCAAUGACAAGGUGUUCUUCGCCUCCGUGCGCUCUGGUGGCAGCAGUCAGGUUUAUUUCAUGACCUUAGGCAGGACUUCUCUUCUGAGCUGGUAGAGGCAGUGUGAGCUGGGAUCACUGGCCUCCCAAGUCAAGACCCUGAGAACUUGGAAUUCCUCACAACUGGAGCUCAGAGAAGUGUGGCUGCAGCCAGGACAGCCGUGUGUGCAGGCCUCGUGCGGGCUGGCUCCUCUCUCCCCU